GACAGCUGUCACACACCUGUCACUGGCUAGUCAAAAAAAGGUCCUUGUUUUCGCGUAUUUUUUCGAAUAAAAAUGAGUGAACUAGUGUGGGGCAUCAAGAACGGCGAUUUGGACCAGGUGAAGGACAUAGUGGAGAAAAAGGCUGUUAACAUAAACGAACUGAUCGACGGGCGCCCCCCGAUCCUGUACGCCGCCGAUUACGGCCAGACUGACGUUAUCCAGUAUUUAAUCUCGGCAGGAGCUGACGUUAACUCGAAAGACAAGCACGGGAUCACCGCCAUCCUGGCGGCGAUCUGGGAGGGGCACAAAGACUGCGUUAAGCUGCUGCUGGCGCACGGCGCUUCGAAAAACGGAGUGGCCCCCGACGGGAAAACCUACCUCGAAUGCGCCGAGAAUAACGAAAUCAGACAACUGCUGUCCUAAAUGCUGUCCGAGAGAUUAUAAAUUUUAAGGAACGAACGCAAUAGAGUGCUUAUUUAUGGUUUAUUAACGUCUAAAUCUCAAUAAAUGUUUUUUCUAUAA